AUGGCAAUGCUUGAGCCGAUUCGGCAUCGUCGGAACCGUGUAUAUUGCUUCAUGUUUAGCCUGACACUGGUCCAGCUGGGCGCCGUUGGAGCUGUCAUUGCUCAACAGAAGCCGUUGUCUGGCGGGCCUUCGCCAGGCCGAGACCCGUUCGAUGACAAGUUUGCGGGACUUGUCGACGACACGUUAAACGAAUGGCGUGUUCCCGGAUUGUCCAUUGCCGUCAUUGACAACGACCAAGUGUUUGCAGAGGGCUACGGGAUUGCGACUUUCCCGAAUACCCCCGCCACGCCUGAGACGAUAUGGUAUGGUGCUUCCACUACAAAGGCUUUCGUCGCUGCCGCCAUUGCGGCAGUGAUCGACUCCGGCAACUACCCGCAGUUAUCUCUUGGGUGGUCGACUCCCGUCUCAUCCAUCAUCAGGGAUGAUUUUGUCUUGCAGAAUGAGUGGGCAACAGCGCGUGUUAGCCUCGAAGACGCCGUGAGCCAUCGAACCAGACUCGGCGGUCAGGACUUUUCGAGCUUGAGGGUGGACAACGGUAUCCAAGUCACACCAAGGGAUGUCGUCCGUCGUUUACGCCAUCUGCCUCUCUUUGCGGAGCCGCGUACGACGUAUGAGUACUGCAAUGCCAUGUAUGUGACAUUGGGCUAUGUCCUGGAGACAUUGAUGGGCCGCUCUCUUGCCGAGGUUCUCGGAAACUUGAUCUGGGAGCCGCUGGGGAUGGCAUCUACCUAUUUCGAUCUUGGGGAUGCCAUCAGCGCACCGGAGCACCUGGCAUCGGGAUAUAGGUGGGAUCCAAAUCGUGACAACUACACAGAGGUGCCGCACAUGGUGGUCACGGAACAUGGCGGUGCUGGGGCCAUCUUUUCCAACGUGCUUGAUUAUGCCAAAUGGGUCAAGUGCCUGCUACACGAGUCAGCUCCGUUGUCAAAGGCCGUCCACAAGGACAUCAAGACGCCCAGGUUCAUCUCAAGCCCGCUGCCGAAUGACGGGUUUGACUCUGUCCUGUAUGGACUGGGAUGGGAGCGCACCUCAAUCUACGGACAUGUGGUAUACCAACACAGUGGUGGAAUGCAUGCGUAUGGGGCCUAUGUUUACUGGCUGCCGGAAAUCAAGUAUGGCAUUGUGUCGUUUGCCAAUACAGCCGUCACGUCAAAUGUCGCCGAAAUGGUUCUCUCGACGAGAUUGAUCGCGGAUAGGCUGGGCAUUCCGGAAGAGAAGCGUUUCGACUAUGCGGACAGCGCGAGACGCCAAUUAGACGGAGCGGCUGAAUGGUUAGAGCAUGCUCUCGACAACCUCUACCCGAAUAGACCAAAGACACGCCUAGCCUCAACUCUGAACACAAGCCAACUCGCCGGCACAUAUUACAACCCUGGGUUUCGGCGAAUUAGGCUUCGAGACGAGACAAACCCUCGGAAUCCAGGAGAGAAUGUGCUGAGAUCGGGUAGAGAGGAGGCUUCAUGGCGUCAAAAUCUUACAUUUCACCAUGUAUCGGGCGAUAACUGGAUUAUCUAUGCCGAUAUGUAUUCCAUCUUCCGAAAUACUGCCUUAAGGAGCCAGUUCAAGAUUGGGGUAGAUGGAAAGGCUGCGGCUCUGGAAAUUGAGUUUCGCAAUCGCGGAGCGGCAGUUGCUGAGGCGGUGGUCCUGUUUGACAAAAUGGAGGAUUGA